AUGUUAAAUGUGUCAAAUCGUCUAUUAAUUUCUAAAACCGUCCCUUUGGCAAGGAUUCCGUUUUCCAUUGUCACAGGAAAUGCCUUAAGGCAUUAUGUACAAUUAAGAACUGAUCCAAAUAAAAAAACUUUUCUUUCACAGUAUGCAACAGAUCUAACUGCACUGGCAAAACAAGGGAAAUUGGAUCCAAAUAUAGGUAGAGAUGAAGAAAUAUCUCGAGCCAUACAGAUUCUGUCCCGUAGAACAAAGAAUAAUCCCAUCAUUAUUGGAAGAGCUGGUGUUGGGAAGUCGUCGUUGGUCGAAGGUUUAGCACAAAGAAUGGUUCGUGGAGAAGUGCCUGAAUCUUUAAAGGGUAAACAUCUAUAUAAUCUAGAAUUAAGUUCUUUGAUUGCAGGUGCUAAGUACAGAGGUGAAUUUGAAGAAAGAUUGAAAGGCGUAUUAGAUGAGGUUGAUGAUAAGACAAUCAUGUUUAUUGAUGAAGUGCAUAUGUUAUUGGGUCUAGGCAGUGAUGGGAAAGGUGCCAUGGAUGCUUCUAAUAUUUUGAAACCAAAAUUGGCUAAGGGGUUACGUUGUAUAUCUGCAACUACCUUAGAUGAAUUUAAAAUUAUUGAAAAGGAUCCUGCGUUGACUAGAAGAUUUCAACCUAUUAUUUUAAACGAGCCUUCAGUCCAAGACACUAUUUCUAUUUUAAGAGGAUUAAAAGAAAGAUACGAAGUGCAUCAUGGGGUAAGAAUUACUGAUGCUGCUUUAGUAUCAGCUGCCGUUUUAUCUAAUAGGUAUAUUAAUGAUAGAUUUUUACCUGAUAAAGCAAUUGAUUUGGUAGAUGAAGCCUGUGCUGUGUUAAGAUUACAGCAUGAAUCAAAACCAGAUGAAAUUCAAAAAUUAGACAGACAAAUAAUGACCAUUCAAAUUGAAUUGGAAUCAUUGAAAAAGGAGACUGAUCCUGUGUCACAGGAAAGACGGGAUAAGUUAAAAGAAGAUUUAGAAUUGAAGCAAAAAGAAUUGGGCAGAUUGAAAGAGAUCUGGGAUAAAGAAAAGUUGGCUAUUGAAGAAGUUAAAAACUGUAAAGCUGAUCUGGAAAAAGCAAGAAUCGAAUUAGAACAGGCUCAAAGAAAUGGUGAUUAUACUAGAGCCUCUGAGUUAAGAUACUCUAAAAUUCCAACGUUGGAAAAGAAGAUUGAAGCUACAAAAAAGAAUAGUGUCGAAAAUAGUGAAAAUAAUAAUCUAUUACAUGAUUCUGUCACUUCUGAUGAUAUAUCCAAAGUAGUUGCUAGAAUGACAGGAAUUCCAACUGAAACUGUAAUGAAGGGUGAUAAAGAUAGAUUAUUAUACAUGGAAGAAUCAUUGAAGGAGAGAGUUGUAGGUCAAGAUGAAGCCAUACAUGCUAUUUCUGAUGCAGUAAGAUUACAAAGGGCUGGUUUAACUAGUGAGAAGAGGCCAAUUGCUAGUUUUAUGUUUUUAGGUCCAACUGGUACUGGUAAAACAGAAUUAACUAAAGCUUUAGCUCAAUUCUUAUUUGAUAAUGAAUCCAACGUCAUUAGAUUUGAUAUGUCAGAAUUUCAGGAGAAACACACUGUAUCAAGAUUAAUUGGUGCUCCACCAGGUUAUGUAUUAAGUGAAUCAGGGGGUCAAUUAACCGAGGCAGUUAGACGUAAGCCAUACUCUGUUGUCUUAUUUGAUGAAUUUGAAAAGGCACAUCCAGAUGUCUCUAAAUUAUUGUUACAAGUACUUGAUGAGGGUAAAUUAACGGAUUCCCUAGGGCAUCAAGUUGAUUUCCGUAAUACUAUUAUUGUGAUGACAUCUAAUAUUGGUCAAGAUAUUCUUUUAGCUGAUGAGUCUGUUGGUGAAGGAAAGGAAGGUUCUGACACAGGGAUUGUUGAUCCCAAAGUGAAGGAACAGGUUAUUGAAAAGAUGAAAAAAUCGUAUCCACCUGAAUUCAUUAAUCGUAUUGAUGAUAUUCUCGUAUUUAAUAGAUUAUCAAAGAAGGUGUUGAGAUCUAUUGUAGAUAUUAGAAUUAAAGAAAUCCAAGAGAGAUUAGUUGAUAAGAGAAUGAAAUUGGUUUUAACAGAUGAAGCUAAAGAAUGGUUAACAGACCAUGGUUACGAUCAUUUUUAUGGUGCAAGACCAUUAAAUAGAUUAAUUCAUAAGGAAUUACUAAAUACCAUGGCAACAUAUAUCCUAAAGGGCCAACUAAGACCAGGUGAAACUGUCAAUGUUACUGUUGAUAAAGAUGGUAAUUUGAUGGUCAAACCAAAUCAUGAAGAAGGAGAAACAUUUGAUACUGAAGAAGAAAACUAA